AUCACAUUUCAGCUGUUGUUGAUUCAGAAAUGAGGAAUCUGAGAUGGGCUUUGAUAAUGUGUUUCUUUCUUGGAUCUUCUUUGAGGGCUGAAACUUUCAAGCUCAAGAAAAGCGAGAGAAUCUCUGGAAGUGCUGGUGAUGUGUUGGAAGAUGAUCCAGUGGGAAGGCUAAAAGUGUUCGUGUACAAACUCCCUAGCAAAUACAACAAGAAGAUGGUAGAAAAGGAGGAGAGAUGCCUCCACCAUAUGUUUGCAGCUGAGAUAUACAUGCACCGUUUCCUCUUAUCCAGCCCCGUCCGCACUCUCAAUCCCCAAGAAGCCGAUUGGUUCUACGUCCCCGUCUACACCACCUGCGACCUCACCAGAGACGGUCUCCCCUUGCCCUUCAAGUCUCCCCGCGUCAUGAGGAGCGCCAUCCAACUCAUUUCCACCACCUCGCCUUACUGGAACCGGACCCAAGGCGCCGACCACUUCUUCAUCGUGCCCCACGACUUCGGUGCCUGCUUCCAUUAUCAAGAGGACAUAGCGGUGGAGAGGGGGAUUCUUCCGUUGCUAGAGCGUGCCACGUUGGUUCAGACGUUUGGACAACGGAACCACGUGUGCCAAAGGGAGGGCUCGAUCACGAUCCCACCCUACGCUCCUCCGCAAAAAAUGCAAACCCAUGUGAUCCCUCCCAUCACUCCUCGAGCCAUCUUCGUCUACUUCCGUGGUUUGUUUUACGACGUUGGGAACGACCCCCAAGGCGGAUACUACGCACGAGGGGCGCGAGCUUCGGUGUGGGAGAACUUCAAAAACAACCCUCUGUUCGACAUCUCAACAGAGCACACUCCCACCUACUACGAGGACAUGCAGCGAGCCAUCUUCUGCCUCUGCCCUCUCGGGUGGGCGCCCUGGAGCCCGCGCCUCGUGGAGGCCGUGGUCUUCGGGUGCAUCCCUGUCAUCAUCGCGGACCACAUUGUCCUCCCCUUCGCGGACGCCAUCCCGUGGGAGGACAUCGGAGUCUUCGUCCACGAGAGAGACGUACCUAAGCUCGACACGAUCCUCACCUCAAUCCCCAUUGAUGUGAUAUUGAGGAAACAGCGGCUGCUCGCCAAUCCAUCCAUGAAACAGGCCAUGUUGUUCCCGCAGCCUGCUCAGCCGGGAGAUGCUUUCCAUCAGAUCUUGAAUGGACUUGCUCGUAAGCUGCCCCACCGUGACGACGCCUUCUUGAAGCCCGGGGAGCCCUUCUUGAACUGGACCGCGGGCCCCGUCGCCGACCUUAAACCGUGGUAG